AUGGAGCCAGGGACCUCGCGUGAAUGCCUGACCGGCGCGGGGUGCCCUGAACCGACCGGUCCGCGGGAGGAGACCCCGGGGGAAGAGGCUAAAUGUGGAGAGGGGAGCACCGUGAUGUUAAAGCGAAGAGGAGGAGACGAACAAGACUCUGCGGAGGAGGUGAAAGCUGAGUGUGAGGAUGAUGGAGAUGCUGGGAUCAAGAUUCAAGCCGGAGAUGAAGAGGACGGAGGCAAAUACGAGGAGGAGUUGGACCCUAGAAUUCAGGAAGAGCUGGAGCACCUCAACCAAGCCAGCGAUGAGAUCAACAAGCUGGAGCUGCAGCUGGAUGAUGCCAGGUCCAGCUACAGGAGGAUCCUCACUGAUUCUGCCAGGAAGUUGAAUGCUCAGGGCUCCCAGCUUGGUGCCUGCAUUGAGAAAGCGAGGCCGUACUAUGAAGCCCGUAGACUUGCCAAAGAGGCCCAACAAGAGACCCAGAAGGCUGCUCUGAGGUAUGAGAGGGCCGUGUCCAUGCACACUGCUGCCAGAGAGAUGGUGUAUGUGGCGGAGCAGGGCCUUCUGGCUGACAAGAACACCAUGGACCCAACCUGGCAGGAGAUGCUCAACCAUGCCACGUCCAAGGUGAACGAGGCAGAGGAGGAGCGUCUUCGCAGUGAGCGGGAGCACCAGAGAGUCACGCAGCUCUGCCAGGAAGCCGAGGCUCGCGUACAGACCCUCCAGAAAACACUGAAGAAGGUCAUCCUCAAGUCCAAACCUUACUUUGAACUGAAGGCUCAAUUCAAUCACAUUCUGGAGGAACAUAAGGCUAAAGUAGUACAGCUGGAGGAGCAAGUGGCCAAAGUAAAAACACGGUACUCUGUGGCUCUGCGGAACCUGGAACAGAUCAGCGAGCAGAUCCAUGCACAGAGGGGCCGAAUCCGAGCGAGCAGCAGGGGGCGGCCUGCUGUCUGUGGUGGACGGAGUCCCCCUGUUGGUGCUGAGGCUGAGGUCCGAGCUGCUGUCGGGAUUCAAGUCAGCAGUUGCAUUGAAGUCGGUGGGAUAGAGAGUGACUGGGCUGACGGUGAGAAAACUAGGUUGUGGGUGGAGAGGCACCGGGAGAGCGGCUGGGGCCAGAGGGAGCGGCUGCAGGCGGAGCAGGCCAGCUCAGACUGCAUGUCCGUCAUUAGCCUGCAGACCAUAGCUUCUGACCUGGAGAAGUGCGACUCUGUGGAACACCUGGGUGACCUCAGCGACGGCGGGAGCGCGCUGGGUGAGGAGUGGAACCGGGACGGCAAGACCCAGCAAAAGCUAGUCAGCAGGGAGGCAGUGACUGACGGGCCCCAGCAGGGAGGGGCCCUCCAGGAGAAGGGAGAGGUUAGUAAAGAGAAGCAGGAGAGCUUCCUCAAGCAGCACCACAGAAGUGUUAGUCUAUGAUAGUCAGAAGGAGGAGGAAGCUGAUGACUGAUGAUGAAUGAGGAUUAUGGCAAGCGUACGAAGAGGGAUCAGAGAGGAAAU